AUGACGGUUCGUACUCUGAUUGUUGUUGCUUAUGUACGUCGAUGGAGAAUAUCUCAGAUGAAUGUCAAGAAUGUAUUUCUAAAUGAUGAUCUUUAUGAAGAAGUUUAUAUGACACCUCCUCCUGAUAUUUCACACCAAUCUGAUAUUGCGUAUGCUGUUCAUAUGGUUAGUCAAUUUGUUGUUGCACCAACUACAGCUCAUUGGGUUGCUGUUCUUCGUAUUCUCAGCGAAAAUUUACACGUCUUUUUCGUGGACGGAGGCUCAUGUGCUACGGUGCUGUGGCAGCAAGCCUUUCGCCAAGGAGCUCGCCUCCGCCUAGUGAGGAAGCCUCGAAAGGUAGUAUUGAGCCUUGAUCUGCUGAGGAAGCCUCGAAAGGUUUACACGGUCAGAGGGGGAGAGGAUUCUGCCCCUAACUUUUCUUCCGCCCUAGUGAGUGGGUCGGGCGGGGAAGGGGAAAACUUGAUUGGUGAUGAAGAGGAGCCACUGAUUCAGUCGGUGGACUGCCGUAUAUGCCAAGAGGAGGAUCACGUGGAGAACUUGGAGGUCCCUUGCGCUUGCAAUGGCAGUCUGAAGUAUGCUCAUAGGGCAUGUAUCCAACGUUGGUGCAAUGAGAAGGGUGAUACAACCUGUGAAAUCUGUCAUGAGAAUACUUUUGAGAUGGUUGCACUGAUCCUAGGAAUCUCCUUGAUGCAUUAAACAAGGUUAAAGUAAGUUGACUGAAUCACAGGAGCAGAGUGAAGAGCUUGCGCAUACUUCUAUGGAUCAGAUUGACUCUGAGAAUAGCUGCCUAGGCUAUAUGGUUUUAGGGUCUAAAGCUAAUAGUGCUUCAAUUCAUCAAUGUGAUGCUAUAAAUAGCAGUAGAGUUGUCCAUGCCCAAGAGUUUGAUGUUUCAAUAACAAUGCUGAAUAUUGUAUGUAGUUCAA